UCACGUGACUGGACACCUUUAACCAAAACACAGAGGCUUCGAGGGGGACUGAGACGGUUUGUCAACAAGCGAGCAAGGCGACCUUCUCUCGGUUCUUCGAGUCCUACCUGCAGCCACAGUAAACCACCCCCACCUGUCCCCGGCAGACAGGCCGUCUCAAUGCAUUACAGAGGACCGAGAACACCGAGGCGGCCAUGGACGUGUACGACUUGUUUAGUAGUUGCAGAAAGGGCGACAUUUGUAGAGUCAGGUACCUUGUUGAACAAAGGGAUGUGGACCUCAAUGUGAGAGAUAAAUGGGACAGCACGCCGUUGUAUUAUGCCUGCCUUUGCGGUCAUGAGGAGCUGGUCCAGUACCUGUUGGCUAGUGGUGCCAAGUGUGAAGCCAACACGUUUGAUGGUGAGAGAUGUGUGUACGGCUCCCUGAAUGACUCAAUCCGACGCCUGCUCAAAGAGUACAAGUGUGUCAGCGUCCGUGCCAUGCAGCGCAACGAUUUUAACUACUUUCUACACACGUUGUUAGAACAAGGUCAGCACAGUGAUGUCAAGUUCCUGGUUCAUGGACAAAUAUUCGCAGCUCACCGAUGUGUUCUCAGCGCCCGCUCGGAGUACUUCACCGAAAUGUUUGAGACAAAAUGGAAGGGAAAGAGCCUCAUAACCCUCAAACACCCAUUGAUCAAUCCUGCAGCCUUUGGAGCAAUUCUGCAAUACUUCUAUACUGGACGAAUGGAUAUUGAUAUAAGUCUGGUGGAGGACUGCAGGCGACUUGCUAAGCAGUGCAAGAUGGCUGACCUUAUAGAAGAGCUGGAGAAUAAAUGUAAACAGGUCUAUGAAUUUGUGUCCAACAAGCCUGGAACCUGUGUCAAAGUUCUUAGCCUGGAGCCUCACACCUGUCAGCUCCAGGAGGAGAUGGCCCAGUUAGCAGACUGCGCACUGCCCACUGAACUAAGAGUUGGAUUCGGUGAACUUCCCUUUAACAGAGUUGAUCUGUUCCCUACUUAUCCUGACAUCUGCUUCAGAGUAGAGGGUUUCAAUUUCUUGUGUCACAAGGCCUUUUUCUGUGGGCGCAGUGAUUAUUUUAAGGCCUUAGUGGAAGACCACUUCAGCGAGGGUGAGCAGCUGCAGUCCCAGCCCAGCACCCCGGUCAUAACCCUGCACAUCUCCCACGAAGUCUUUAUCCACGUCAUGUAUUACAUCUACACUGAUGACACAGAGCUGACGAUGGACAGCGUGUUCGACGUGCUGUGCGUGGCUGACAUGUACCUGCUGCCGGGGCUGAAGCGUCUCUGUGGGAAGACGCUCGGUAAGGCUAUUUGCGAGGACAACGUCCUGCACAUGUGGAAGACGGCCAAGCUUUUCCGUCUGUCUCGGCUAGAAGACCAGUGCACAGAGUUCAUGGCGAAGAAUAUUGAACGGCUGGUGGAGCAGGCCGAGUUUGCCGAGAUGAUAAAGGAGGAUGCUGCGUCGCUGGAGGAGCGCCAGGAGACAGACUCUGUCCCUCUCGUGGACGACAUCCGCUACCACAUCGCCAGCAACGUGCAGACGUACAGCGCCAUCGAGGAGGCCAACCAGAAGCUGGAGGCCCUGGAGGAGCUGCUAUCCAGCAUCAAUAUUGACUGCUGAACAGGGCCGCCAGGUUCUGUGUGGUGGAGAGAUUUUAAGGUCGACUCUGGAGGGAAUCUUUAGUGAGGUGAGAAGAAAAACAUAUACAACUUUAUGUUUAUAGGUUUUAUUUUAUUUACAGAGUCUGGCACAUAUUAUACAAUAUGUGAAAGGAGCUUUUGUACCUAAUGUAUUCAGAGAUAUGGUCGGUGCUUCAGCAACCAUACACUUCUGACAAAGAGAGAGCGUACUAAACAAGAGAAAAGUGAUCUGCUAUAAAUUUGUUAAUUAAAUUCUUUCACAUUGGUUGUGAAGACAUUAUGUGCAACAUAAUAACUACUGAAUAUUUUUUUGCAUUACACAUGCAUGAAUUUAACAUGAUUUGCAGCAGUUAGAAGUUAAAACUAGCCGAUUCUUGCCCUUACUAGUGUAGUUUAACCCAACUAUAAUCUUGUGUAUGAUGUAAAAGCUUCAACAAUUGCAUUUUAAUGAUUUAGAAUGGCAACAGAGAGCAUAUAAUGUUCUAAUUCUCACAUUUAAGGACAAUGUGUCACAGAAAGCUUACUUCUCUUUACUAGUUCAGAAAACAUUCUUUGGUUUUAUUAAAUUAUUAAGUUGUUUUGUGUGUAUUUGAAAGUAUUUUGUGGCUCUCCUUCACCUCACUGUUUGAAUUGUGGGAUUCCCUCUGGUAUUUUUUACACAUAUCACCCUCUAAAUCCACUCAUGCACUUUGCUUCAGUUGAAAACUGAAGCUCCUGUUUUCCAGCAAACCCAUUUUGCCUUAUGUGUGUAGCAAGUAAAUAAAAUUAAAUUGUCAACA